AGUUCUCAGACUUUUGUUGUGGAAAGCCCAAAGCCAGCGGUCGCCAUUAUUCUCCCUGGCUUGACUGACGACACCUAGGCCGACAAGUGCAUUUUAAGUGAUAUUUCGAAUUAAACUGUAAUAUUCAAUCACUAUUUGUGCAGUCUGCUCAGUGUCUGCGGAUUGAGCCGAGGAUGCACCGGCGAUCGGACACAGUGGGUAUUGGGCUGCCUCUGGCCUCCCUUCGCCUCAUGGCUUCCCCUCUGCAGCUGACCUACUCAUUCAUUUGGCAGGUUAUAAAGCAGAAGAAUGUGAACCAAUAUGAAAAAGUGGAGGAGUUUGUGAAUAUGGUCACUCAGACUGUCCCCGACAUCAUCAGCUACAAACAAAAGGCUCAGCUCUUGUUGGGCCUCAGGGCAAAGAUUAUUUUGGAUCUGCUUAACAAAGAUGGCCAACCAGACACAAAAGCCAUUCAAACACUAAUAAACAAGUUAAAAGUGCCCACAACAACGGGGAAGGAUAUAGAAGUGGAGAAGUCACAAACUAACUUCAUGGUGCUUGUUCAAAGUCUGUUAAAAAGUCCAACUGAACGGAAGCAAUUCUUUAAGGAAGUGUUUCCACUUCAGUAUGGUACAAAGUUUGACACUGCUCUACAGGCGUUGAUAGCCGGCCUGGUUUGUAAAUUGGAGCAAUUUGUUCCUGUUCCUAAUUUAACCCAGCUGGGAUCCAUGAUUUCGACUGAUCCUGCCAUUCUGGAGGCCUGUGGAGGCUUCAUCCCUGACCCUGGUGACCUCAGGACACUUCUCCUGCACCAACAAGCAAAGGGAAUGCUUGGGGUAAAAGCAACUGUCUCAUCCUCUGUGGGCGACUGUGUGUUGUCCUCACUUGCCUUCAGGCCAAAAUCCACAGACCCCACUCCUCCCCCUCCUGAACCCUCCAAACCCACUGAAGACCCCCAUAUCGACAACUGCCCCGACUCCACCAGUGAAACAGGGGAUUUGGGUGUCAUAUCAGAUGAAGAUGACGAAAACUCCAACCCAACUUCAACUUCAGCUCAAGAUAAAAUGCAAUACUGCAAACUACCAAGUGAGGGCAAUGUCACGAAGGGAAAUACUGUCCCUAUCACACCACAUGAAGAGAAAAACCAAACUGCUGAAACUCAAGAGCAGUCACAUGUAGAGAAACCAGAUUUGCUCAAGACGCCUCUUAAAUCUAUCCCAAUCAGAGUGGUCCCAGUUGUGGUCAAACCAUCACCCACUUCACAGACACCAGGCAGCGCAGGGGGAAAAGACACCCAGAAACCUCAAACACAGCGGGUCACUUUGCACCAAUGGGUGUCUCAAAUCGCCACCAAUACACUAUCUUUGCCCGCCCUCCCUCCACUCCCUCCUGCACGCUACGAUUAUGACGACUCGAGUCCUAGUAUAAGAAGAAAAAAGCAAAUUCGCCCGCCCUCGGAUAGAUAUACCUGUAGCGUGUGUGAUAAGACUUUUCCUUAUCAGUCCAAACUAAUUGAUCAUGAGCGUAUUCAUACAGGAGAGAAGCCAUUUUUGUGCACGGCUUGUAACAAAAGUUUUCGCACCCAAGCUUUCCUAAACAACCACCUCAAGACCCACAGUACAACGCGGCCAUAUGUCUGCGGCCAGUGUGGAAAGUGCUUUUCUAAGCUACAAAGUCUGACCAAACACAUGCUCGCCCACAGUGGUCAAAAACCAUUCUACUGUAAUAUCUGUAACAAAGGUUUCACCCAGUCUACCUACUUCAAGAGACACAUGGAAUGCCACACCAGCCAGAUGACGUUCCCAUGUAAGCAGUGCAACAAAACAUUCCCAACAGCAUUCAAAUUGGCCAAUCAUGAACGCUGGCACACCCGAGACCGCCCCCAUAUGUGUGAACGAUGCGGUAAGCGUUUUCUCGUGCCCAGUUUGCUGAAAAGACACAUGGGAUACCAUAUUGGUGAUCGCCAGUAUCUCUGCUCUCAAUGUGGGAAAACAUUUGUCUAUUUGUCCGACCUUAAGAGGCACCAGCAAGACCACAUCCCAAAACCGAAGAUACCAUGUCCUGUUUGUCAAAAGAAGUUUUCCAGCAAGUACUGUUUGAGAGUGCAUCUAAGGAUCCACACUCGCGAAAGACCGUACCGCUGCACUCUCUGUGAAAAGACAUUCACGCAAGUUGGCAACCUCAAAGUGCACAUUCGACUUCACACGAACGAACGGCCCUUUAGCUGCGAUGUGUGCGGUAAAACAUACAAGUUAGCAUCCCAUCUCAAUGUGCACAAGCGGACGCACACUUGUAAAAAGCCAUGGAACUGUGUGACCUGCGGAAAGGGGUUCUCUGUCCCGGGACUCCUGAAGAAGCAUGAGCAGCUCCACGCUAGAGAGGCUGAUCCAGAGUUUGCCGCCAAACGGAGACACAGGGGCAAACACAAGAAGCACUCGCUCAAGAGGAAGUAUGAUGAGGAAGAUGAAGGCAGCGAUGAUUAUUGACUUGGUUUAGGAAUGUCAAGAAAGAAGAAAAAAUCAAGCUUGUUCCAAAACGGAGAGGAUGUAGCAACCUGUUCCAGUAUUGUGACAUUCAAAAUAUACAGGAGUAAAUGAAAGACUUAAGUGGAUUUUUUUUUUUUUUCUUCCAAUCAUGUCUGAAAUUUACUUGUUAAAUGACUUGUUUUCAAUAUUCGCAUAAAGGUGAAAUCAUUUGUCUAUGAUAUUAGAAUAGAAAAUAGCUUAGAUGGUCUUUUGACAUACUGAUAAUCAUGAAUUUGGUUUUACUAGUUGCUCAGUAAGUACUUGAUGAGCCUGGACAUUCAACAUGGUAUUAAAUAAACAAGAGACAUUUUACUGUAACUGUGCAGGCAAAAGUUUAUAUUAGUUUUGCUGACAACAUGAGAAUUAGACAAUUUUCUAAAAGUAUGAAAAAUAACUACUAAUCUGCACUGUAUUUCUUUUAACUGUGUAUUUAGGAGCUUCAUGUAAAUGACACAGCUUUGUAAAUAACUGCUAUAAGCGUGUUAGUCAAAUGUUCUAAAAUUGAGACAUCGGAGUAAUCCUUAAAAUUAACACUUUAAUUAAUAAAACAACCUUUGUGUGUGUGUGUGUGUGUGUAAAUAUACAUAUAUAUGUGUGUAUAUAUGUGUAUAUAUAUAUAUAAACACACAUAUUUUCAGGUUGUGCGGUGUUCCUUUAUAGAUUACUUAAUUUGAAAGCAAAAGAAAAUACUGGUUGAUUAUAUUUUGGAUUUAUCAUAAAUUCUAAAUAAAACACAAAAAAAUAAGUUUAGUUUUUUUCUUAAUUUCUUCAAGAAAAAAAAAAUACUUGAACAUAUUAAUUUUUCAUACUUACAGCAAUAAAUUCAUACAACAACAG